AUGGCGAAGAGACGGGCGGAUGACUCGGGCUCGUGUGACGACGAUGAGGGAGAGAAAGAAGAGGAAGAGUUGGUCGGCCGCAGGGUGGUCAACCGUAUAACACCAUACUUGGACUACGACCCAACACGCUUACCUAGUAAGCAAGAAAGACGCGAGCUCCGGCACCAGUCCUGCCAUGUCCCUGUUGAUCCCGUGUCGACCCCAUUCUACGCACCGCCAGACAAAGGCAUCGCUGGACAUGGCAUGAAUCCUUCGAACAACUUCGAAUGUGACGAAUACGGGUGGCCGUUCUUGUUGCCUACCGACGAGCUCGCCGAUGCCUCGUGUUAA